AUGCAACACUGGUGUAUGUUAACACCACUAUCACCGACUCAGCAGUCCUCGAAUGUAGUAUACAAAAUAAAAAUAUCACGGACUGGAGUAAUGUUCGUUUUUAUUGGCAAGAUAACAGGGAUUUUGUGUUGUAUUCCUAUAAUGAAGGAAGAAAGAUGGCUGAGCAUGUAAAUGACUACUAUAAACACAGAGUCACAGCCUUCCCUCAGGACAUAAUUAGAGGAAAUAUCAGCAUCAUAAUCAAAAACCUGACUCUUGAAGAUAACGAAAGGACUUUCUGGGCUUUUGCGGCAGUCUUGGACGGCAGCGUGAUGAAGAAAUACCACCUGGAACACACACAGAUCUGCCAAGUAACUUUACAGAUCGGUGUUCCUUAUCAGAAUCCCAGGCUAGAUGUUAAUAUGAAAACAAUGACUGCAGUGUGCACUACCCAAGGAGGAUUUCCUGCCCCUGAGAUACAAUGGGUCCUCCUCUAUACCAGCUCUCAUCAAUCAGUAGAGUCGAGGAACAUCCAAACUACAACGAUGCAGAAUUAUCACGACCGCCUUUACAGCUCCCGCAGCACUCUACUAAUCCCUGCAGGUCCUCACGAGGCCGUGAGCUGUCUCAUCCACAACCCGACUUUGAACACGACAAAGAGGGCCACCGACACUUUCAGCAAAGGUGCUGGAGUGACGAGCUCCCCUGAAUGUCUGAUAUCUGCUGCUGUGUUUCUUCUAACAGCUCUACACUGGCUGUGAUUCACAGCAAAGGUUUUUUCUCUUUAGGAUCUAUCAUGUUAAACAGCCACCUGACAUAGACUGAUCCACCCAUCCACGUUCUGCUGUUGGUACCAGGGUCUGGUUUUGGUAAUGGACUACUCCAGAGGAGUGAUUUUACCUCAUGCUGAAAAUACUUCGUGCCAUGGAGACACUUCUACUAUCCAUAAUUCAAACUUACUAGUUUAAUUCUUUUGCAUGUUUUACCCUACCUUUGCAUCAUUAUAAUCUCCUCCUGGCUGUCUCUUCAGCAGUAAAUAGAGAAAAAGAAGGGCAAUCACAGGGCAAACCACUGUGGCAAUUUUUAAAUGUUAAUACUCUUUGUAAUUUAUUUUUCUUGACUUACUUGUUUUGUACUUCAUUUGGUAGUGAAAGGUGUUCAGAGUUGGUUGGUUGGUGCUAGUGUGGGUUUCAUAGAGUCCUCCUGUGUGCCAACAAUCUUUUUUUAUACUUUAGUCUUAUUAUUUAUUCUUUUAGUCUAUUGAAAGACAGUUAAAAGGAAAUUAUAUUUCUAGUAAAAUCAGGAAAGUGCUUUCCAGAAAGUUUGUUUUAAAACUCAGAAGAAGUUCCAGACAGUGUUAAAGUGGGAUUGCCAGGUGGGAAAUGACUCAUUCAACAUUUAGUCAAAAAAUUAUGUGUACUGUGAAUUACAGUUGUCUUUCUGGACAGGCUGAGAACUGUGCUCUAGCUACAUUUAGCUAAGAAGAUGUUACGAGGGCUAUUGGGGCCGCUUUCCAACCCCCAGCCUGCAUGACACCAGUAAAGAAAUACAGAAUAACAGUAAUAUCGAAUACAUUAGCUUACCUUUA